AGUGCACUUUGAAUUGCAUGGUCAUGUUCAAUUGCAUCCUUAAAAAACACAAAUGAAUGCUAUCUUGUGAAUCUGGUGUGCUUGCGUUGCUGUGUUGUUUGCUUGCCUGAGUUUAGUGUGGUACUAGCUUGCCUCAACAACGUAAAUUGCUUUAAUUUUUCUGGUUGAAAAAAUGCACAGGUUGAACAUGAUUGAGCUAUUUUUGGUGUGCUUGGGUAGCUGUGCUAUUGGCUUGCCUGUAUUUACUGUGCUACUUGCUUGCAUCCCUCUGCUGACUUGCUUUACUUUUUCCGAUGUUGAAAAAAAUAAACAGGUUGACAAUGAUUGACCUGAAUGAGGAACCAGCUGAAAAUAAUGGUGAUCCAUUGUACUGUACACAACAUGCUGCUGGAAAUGCAGAAUUUGUGGCGGAAUCACCUAAUCCCCCUAUCAUGCAAAGAGUCAAUGUUGCUGCUACAGAAGCAAUGGAGACAGAUGGGCAGUCAAGUCGUGGGGGACAGGCUCCGGGCAGUACACAAGUACCUACAGCUGUAGCAGUUGGGAGUGAUGCUCAUACCCUUGAUGGCACAGGUGCUGCAGGUGAUACUGGUGGCACUGUUGGUAAUGGUUUGGGUGCUGAAAAUGAUGAUGAAGCUUGGUCACAGCCCCAAAUCAAAAUGAAUAGUUCAAGGAAUGAUGUGAAAACCGGGGAGUUGAUAAAACAACAGUUUGUUUGCAACAAGUUUCAAAAGCCUGAUGUUGAUGACGGAGGGGCAGAAAAGAUUCCCGUGCUAGAUGACAUUGUUGAGCAAGCAAAAGAUGAUAAUGAAGAUGAGGCUAUUGUCUUUCUUGAUGAUGAUAGUAAAGGCAAAAAGAGGAGCAAGAAACGAAAAAGAGAUAAAAUUGUGCAAACUGGUUGCAAAGCUAAGAUGAUUGUGAAGGUAAUAGAUGGCAGAUGGGAGGUGAUCUACUUUGUUGGCGAGCACAACCAUCCGUUGGUUGACAAGCCAUGUUUGACUAAGUAUUUGCGAUCACACCAAGGGAUCCCGCCAGAAGAAAGGGCCUUCCUUACUCAUCUUCAUAACUUCAAUUUAACUACAGGUCGUAUGAUGCACAUCAUGUCAGAUUUCUAUGGGUCAGAACUCAUUGUACCUUAUGGCACUAAGCACAUUACAAACCUCAAGACGCUCUUGAACAAGGAUGAUACAAAAGAAGGGGAUAUGAUAGAGACAGUUGCUUACUUUAAAGAUCAGCAGAGAGAGGAUCCAGAUUUUUUUUACAAGAUAAAAUAUGAUGAGGAAGACAGGGUUGAGAAUAUUUUCUGGGUCGAUGGUGCAGCAAGGAAGGCGUACGUGGAAUCUUAUCAUGAUUGUAUUUCCUUUGACACAACGUAUAUGACUAACAUGUACAACAUGCCCUUUGCACCAUUCAUUGGGAUUAACAAGCAUGGGCAGUCAUUCAUGUUGGGUUGUGGCUUUGUUAGGCAAGAGUUGGCGUCAAGCUUUGAUUGGCUAUUCCAGACCUUCCUUGAGGCAAUGCAUAAUGUAGCACCCACCAACAUCAUAACCGACCAAGACAUCGCAAUGGCAUAGUCAAUUAAAAAGAUCUUUCCUACAAGUGUGCACCGCUGUUGCCGCUGGCAUAUUAUGAAAAAAGCACAAGAAAAGCUUGGAGCAUUGCUGGGGCGAAACCCUGGCUUCUCCAAAGAUUUCAACAACUAUGUUGACUUCAGCUUGACGCCGAAAGAAUUUGAGGCAGGGUGGUGUGAGCUGAUGAUGAAGUAUGAGGCUAUGCCUGACUCCCACUUCGAGAAUCUAUACAAGUACAGAGAGACAUGGGUACCUUGCUACUUCAAGCACCAAUUCUUCCCUUUCUUGCAGUCAACUCAACACUGCGAGGGGUUCAACGCUGCCCUUAAGUGAUAUGUGAACCCACACAAGUCCAUUUUGAACUUUGUGAAGCAAUAUCAGAAAAUCCAAACACACAUACUAGUCCGGGAGGGUUCAAAAGACUACAUGACAGGACAUUUACAGACUGAAAUGUGGUCAUCUUACCCAAUAGAGAAGCAGGCGUACGGAUCGUAUACUAGGGACUUGUACGAGAAGUUUCGUGAUGAGUUUCAGUUGACUACAAGGUACAAUGUGCGACCGCAUGGUGAAAACUUGUAUGAGGUUUACCCAAAUCAAGAGUGGGUUGCCAAAUAUGGUUCUAGGGGCUAUUUUGUCAUGGUGGAAGCUAAUGUUGGAGACUACGUAUGUGACUACUGCAAGAUUGAGAGGGAC